UGCUAUCAGCUAAAAUAUAUUGCACUACAUAUUUAACAAAUUAAGAUAUAUUCACUCAGUUUAUCAUUACAAUUAAUAACUUAAAUAGUGGAAGUAUAUCGUAUUGCAAAAUGGAUAGUUCUAUGGAUACUCUCACAGAAGUUGAUUCAUGCUUGCCUGAAAUGCUGUUAGAAACUGAGUUAACUGCGAGCAACAUUCAAUCUUUUUUCAGUGUCAUAGUGUCUGGUAAAUGUUGUUGUAAAAAGCACGUAUUAUUUCUUUUGAACCAGAAUAAAUUGACAAUUGGUCUUCUGUCACAAAUAACAUCUAAAAUGGAACAAAUGCUAUUUGACAGCGGAACAUGCUUAGCAAACACUGAGACGGCAUCAUUAUUGAAAACUUUCAGUGAAAAGAGAGAAAUACUUAUCGUUUCUGUUUUCGGGAAAUUAGUUCUUGUGACUAAAAGUGAAAUCUUAGAACUACUGAGAAUAAAUAUAAAACGAAAACUAGACGAGGGGGUGUUGAUAAAAAGGCGGAUGGACUGCGACAUAUUCAUAGCAUUGCUAAUUGUAAAGACUGCUAAUGGGGAAGAGGCUGAAAGUUAUUCUUCAAAUGUAAUAUCCAUUGCUGAUGAUAAGUUACAAGAAAAAGAAAGGCAACAUUACAAACUCUAUAACAAUGCUAAAAGAACAAACAAAUGUUUACCCAGCUACGAAUAUUUCAAACGACAGGCUGACAACAAUCAAUAGUGAUAUAGUAACAUCAGGUCAUAAGGCCCAAAUUGAUACAAAAACUCCAAUGUAUCCUCAUUAUGUGGAAAGGCAAAACAGGCAGGAAUCGUUCUCUACACCCAGUUGGUCUGUUGACAACAAACCAGAUCCCAUUCUAUUCGCAGAUUGUGGAUUUUUCUUUACAGGUAAUCAAGAUUUGGUGCGGUGCCACCAGUGUGGGAUAGGAUUGAAAGAUUGGGUACGAGAAGAUGAUGUCCUUACUGAACACGUGAAACAUUCGUCCACGUGCGAUUUCAUCGUAAUGAAGUUUGGAAAGAAUAGAAUAGAUAGAAUGAAGCUGGCACUAACAUCUGGAAAUGUAGAUUUGUGUCGUUGUUUCACGUGUGACGGCGGUUUGAAAGACUGGAGUUCUGGUGAUGACCCUAUAAAGGAACAUGCCACAAACUUCCCAAAUUGUUCAUACAUUAUCAGGCUAAAAGGAUCUGAAUAUAUCAAGUGUCAGCAACAAAGUCGCCAAAGUUAUAAACCCAUGGGAACAUCAGGAGGCAGCAGUGCAUUAACUCAACCAACACUGAUUUUGCCUUAUCACCCGAUGAAUAAUUUGCCAAUCACAGAUAGUGACUGUAAUCAAGAUUUGGUGCGGUGCCACCAGUGUGGGAUAGGAAUGAAAGAUUGGGUUCGAGAAGAUGAUGUCCUUACUGAACACGUGAAACAUUCGUCCACGUGCGAUUUCAUCGUAAUGAAGUUUGGAAAGAUGAGAAUAGAUAGAAUGAAGCUGGCACUAACAUCUGACGGCAACAAUCAAAUAACAUCAAAUGCGUCACAACAACAACCUUUUAAAAUCCGCUCAUCGAGAUAUCAGACAAUAGAAGCAAGAAUGGUGUCAUUCAGAGAUUUUCCACAACACAUUAACGUGUCUGCUCAACAACUUGCUGUAGCAGGAUUGUUUUAUACAGGAAAUGGAGAUUUGUGUCGUUGUUUCACGUGUGACGGCGGUUUGAAAGACUGGAGUUCUGGUGAUGACCCUAUAAAGGAACAUGCCACAAACUUCCCAAAUUGUUCAUACAUUAUCAGGCUAAAAUGAUCUGAAUAUAUCAAGUGUCAGCAACAAAGUCGCCAAAGUUAUAAACCCAUGGUACGUUCGAUUAAUAACACUAUCUUGCUAACUCAUCUUUUACAUGGGGAACUUCUAUUAGCUAAUUUGAGAAGUUAAGUGUUUCCAUUAUUUUAAAAUAUCUCUUGUAAAAACUACAACAACAAAAACCGUUAACAAUACUUGAAUUUUAAGGUUCGGGUCAAAAUAUUUUCUACCAUGUAGAAUUUUAACAAACCCUGAUUUUUCAAUAAAUUCGUACUUUUCAAAACUAAAUGUCGGUGGACGAAAGAGGUAGGAGCUUGAUGUUUUGAUAUUCUGAUCUGGAAAUUUUAGACCCCACGAAAGUUUUUAUAAUGGAAUUCGAUGAACAUAUCACAACAUUGAUGAUACUUUCGCAAUAGGAAUAUUAUGUACAACAGCUGUAAAUUAACAUAUUGUUAAAUGAAAUGUGUAUAUCUGUGUGCUGAUUCUUGGGACACUUUGCCAGGAAAUAAGAAAUCCAGAAAUUUCAAGCCGGUAUGUGGAUAAUACUUGGAAUGAUUCCACACGUCAACUUUUUGUUAUUUUUUUCAUCUUCAGUUUUGUUUGUUUUGUUCGGUGUAACGUCACACCGAUACAAUCAUAGGUCAUACGGUGACUUUCCAGCUUUGAUUGUUGAGGAAGAGACCCAAGGUGCACCUCGGUACAUAUUAUUACGGACGGGCACCUGGAUAGAACCACUCACCUUCCGUAAGCCAGCUGGAAAUCUUUCUAACAUGAAGCAUUCAAUGCCCCGAGUGAGGCUCGAACUUACAUCGGUGAGGGGCAAGUUAUCUAAAGUCGGCUACCUUUGCCACUCGGUCACGGAUGCCUCUUUGUAUCUUUAAAAAAAGAGUAAUGAUGCGUUUUUAUACAUAAUUUUUCACACAGACUAACAAUAUCAAUUACACGUCUUACAGGUCUUGUUCUAUGUUGUUCGGAUAGAUGACGAUACGUCAAGACAUGCAGUUUUGCAUCUUUCUGAGAGUACAAGCUACCGCAUUAAACACUUAAUACUGAUUACGACAAUUUAAAACUUAAAUUAGCUGUCGUAGUUCUUUCUAACGGUGCGCAAACUGUAAUGACAUUAACCAAAAGGCAUGAACACUUCUAUUCCCAACUGUUUUCCAGGGAACAUCAGGAGGUAGCAGUGCAAUAACUCAACCAACACUGAUUUUGCCUUAU